AUGAAAAGAAUAAUAGGUUACUUUAUCCAAGAAGAUGCAAAAAGAGCUCCCAAAUUCGCUUAUCGCCAAUCUUGGUGUGCAACAUCAAAAUUAGAUGAUCUUGAACUUGCCACUACAAGUGAUAAAUCUGUUCAUAAUGCUGAUGCAAUUAUGCAGAAAACAUGCAUGGAAGGAAUGCUAGAAGCAUAUAGUAAGAAUUCGAAAGAAUGCUCGGAAACGGUGACUAAACAUGAGACGACGAUGGAGGUUGAUUCAGUUGGUUACUUAGUGUCCAAGCAAAAAAAGGAUUUCUCCUUGGAUUCAGAUUAUUCUUGGAUUAAAGAUGACAAUGCUCAGCCAUGGUGGAAAACUACAGAUAGAGAUGAAUUAGCUUGCUUGGUUUCGAAGAAAUUACUCAAUUAUGUUGAGAAUUGUGAUCUUCCUCCUCCUCAAAAGAAGUAUCAAGGAGAACAAUCAUAUGCUGAUAUAAGUGAUUACAAUAUAAAGACAUGUUUUGAUUGUGAAGCUAAAUCCAGUGACUUUUCCAAUUUGACUGUUGAGCCAAAGGAUGGUUUGGAUUCAGGAUUAAUGCAUAGAAAGAUAGAGCCUUCAUUCAAUAAAGGGCAUUUAUCUUUUUCUUCUGAUAAAUCCUCAAGUUAUAGCACCAUUAUCCAAGAGGGUGCCACAGAACAAGCUUUUGAAGGAGACCAAAGCAUAGCGCAACUCAUGGAAGCAUUGUGUCAUUCACAAACACGCGCGAGGGAAGCAGAAGAGUUAGCAAAACAAGCUUAUGCCGAAAAAGAGCGCAUUAUUGCACUCUUUUUUACACAAGCUUCGCAUCUUUUUGCAUACAAACAAUGGUGUAGAUUGUUACAAUUGGAGAAUCAGAUUAAGAAUACGCAUAAUUUGGUUUCUACUCACUUCCUCGAAGCUCUUCCUUUGAUGUCAUUUGAAGGUAAGAAACCGUUGAAGAGAAAUCGAAAAUUUGUUAAUGACAAACAAGAAAAACUAGGGAAGGCAAAAAGUGAUGUAUCAACAACAUAUGAUGUUGCAUUUGGUUUAGGAUUGAGUCUUGUGGGAACUGGCAUACUCUUAGGAUGGACUGUUGGUUGGAUGACCUAG